AUGCGAUUCCUCUUCCUACUUGCCCUUGCUGGCAGCACCAUCGCUGCAAAAGCUCCCGAAACUGAUGCCCUAGCUAAACAUGGUCUCGAUCAGCUAUGGCUUGACGUCGCUAAGCAUCCCAAGAACUACUCGAAGAAAUGCACCAAAAGAACAGUGGCCCGACGUCGCGAAUGGUCCAACCUCAAGCGUUCAGAGAAACUGAACUACAUCGACGCUGUUCAGUGCACUGGGAGGAAGAAUGCUAGGACUCCAGCUGCUAUUGCUACAGGGGCUAAGAGUCGCUAUGAUGACUUUGUUGUUACUCACAUCCUACUGACACAGUACACACACGGAAAUGGCAAUUUUCUAUCAUGGCACCGCUACUUCAUGUGGGCGUGGGAACAGACUCUGCGCAAUGAGUGCGGGUACAAGGGCUAUCUCCCCUACUAUAAUUGGGCCUUGUGGGCCGAUAACCCCGCUGCUUCUCCUCUCCUCGACGGCAGCGACACGAGUAUCUCGGGAGAUGGAGAGUACGUCCCCGGGCGCAAUGCCAGUUGUGUGCCUAAUCCAGGUCGAUGCUUUGUAGAGGUUCCCCCUGGUAACGGAGGUGGAUGCGUCGCCUCCGGACCCUUCAAGAACUGGAAGAUGCACGUCGGGCCCAUUUCAACUCUUGACACCACUGUGCAGCCAAACCCGUCCCCUGACGGUCUAGGCUACAACCCUAGGUGCAUCAAGCGAGAUAUCAACACCCGCUCAUCAUCCGAAACUACCGAUGCCGACGUCGCCGAAUUGAUCACUACCAGCGCCAACAUAUCCGCUUUCCAAGGAACGCUCCAGAACCCCUCACCGGGAAGACUCCGCGUUCAUCUUGGUGGCCACCAAACGAUCGGCGGCGAUGCCGGUUCCGAUUUCUACAACUCUCCAUCUGACCCCUACUUCUGGAACCACCACGCACAAAUCGACCGAACUUGGUGGAUUUGGCAGAAUCAGAACUUGAAGGAGAGGCGCUUCACUAUUGCUGGCACGCUUACUUUCCAGAAUGUCCCACCGACAAGGAAUGCGACACUUGACGAUGUUAUGACAUUUGGUGAAUAUUUGGGCUUUCCGAAUAUGACGAUAAGAGAGGCUUCGAGCACGCUUACUGGGCCAUUUUGUUACAUCUAUGAGUAA